AAAAUGGCGUCUCCCCCAGUAUUCGCUGACUACUCCAACCACUUCCUUGCUCCGCUCAAGCCUUCUCCGCAAAAUUUCAGCUCCGCCAUUCUUCGCCGCCUUUUCCGAACUGCCUCCACGGCGACGAGAAGGAGGCUGACCCACCGUUUGGUUGUCAGGACGUCUCUUGAUCGCCGCUCUUUCAUCGCCGAGUCUGCGGCCGCUGUUUCUCUCUUUCCUUAUGUCGGCUUCUCUCCGGCUAGAGCUGUCAACGAGCAGCUGUCGGAGUGGGAGAGGGUUUACCUGCCUAUCGACCCGGGCGUGGUGCUUCUAGACAUCGACUUUGUACAGGACGACUUCAAACACGGCUUUCUGUUGGGGACUAGACAAACUAUUUUGGAAACUAAGGAUGGAGGAAACACCUGGGUAUCACGAUCUAUUCCCUUAGCAGAAGAGGAAGAUUUCAAUUAUCGUUUUAAUUCAAUCAGCUUCAAAGGGAAAGAGGGGUGGAUUGUUGGAAAACCCGCCAUAUUGUUGCAUAGCUCUGAUGCUGGGGAAAACUGGGAGCGGAUACCAUUAAGCUCUCAACUACCUGGUGAUAUGGUAUGUAUACAUGCAACGGGUGAAAACAGUGCGGAAAUGCUAACUGACGAAGGUGCUAUAUAUCUUACAUCAAAUAAAGGUUACAAUUGGAGGGCUGCUGUGCAAGAAACUGUAUCUGCUACACUUAACAGAACGGUUUCUAGUGGCAUUAGUGGAGCUAGCUACUAUACAGGAACAUUUAGCACAAUCAAUCGUUCCCCUGAUGGACGUUAUGUUGCUGUUUCAAGCCGUGGUAACUUCUACAUGACCUGGGAGCCAGGGCAGCCAUUCUGGCAACCACAUAAUAGGGCUGUUGCUAGAAGAAUUCAAAACAUUGGUUGGAGAGCUGAUGGCGGGCUUUGGCUACUUGUACGUGGUGGAGGAUUAUAUCUUAGCAAAGGAACAGGGGGUUGAUCUGUCCAAUUCUCUGUCAUCCUUCAUUUAGCCUCAGGCAUCUUUUCUUUCUAGUUAACGGAGGAGUUUGAAGAAAUACCUGUGCAGAGCCGUGGUUUUGGCAUUCUUGAUGUUGGCUAUCGUUCACAGGACGAGGCUUGGGCAGCUGGUGGGAGUGGGAUUUUGUUGAAAACCACAAACAGUGGGAAGACAUGGAUUCGGGACAAAGCUGCCGAUAAUAUUGCUGCUAAUCUUUAUUCAGUCAAGUUUAUCAACGAAAAACAAGGUUUUGUACUGGGUAAUGAUGGUGUGUUGCUAAAGUAUCUUGGAUAGAUGAAUGAUUCCACUCGACUAUGGACUGGGAAAAAAUCAGCUUUCCUGGGUCGUGGCAGGUUUCAAAUGAGCAUCUUUUUCAGAUGUUAACCCUUUGAGAAUGGAGCUCAUUCAAUGAGACCGUUGACUGCUACGAAAGCAAAUACUUGAACAACAGUCAACGAUAUGGACUUUACCUGGUGUGAUAUUAGCUAAAGCUUUGUAAUAGAAAGUGGUGUAUGUCAAACUGGUGUAUUAUUAUUAAUAUUAUAUUUUUCUUGUUAUUAUUAUUAUUAAUAUUAUAUUUUUCUUGUUAUUAUUAUUAUUAUUAGCUUUAUAUAUUACAAAGUAGCAAAGUUGCAACACCA